AUGUCAAAUUUGAGCCUAAUAACAACUUUCAUUGACAUGUGGUUCUCCACUGUUUCUGUGCCCAAAAUGCUGACAACCUUCGUCUCCCCAAAGGGAAGGGCUAUCUCCUUUCACAGCUGCGGGGCCCAGCUCUAUUCCUUCCACUUCUUGGGCAGCACCGAGUGUUUCCUCUACACAGUCAUGUCCUAUGAUCGCUACCUGGCCAUCAGUUACCCGCUCAGGUACACCAGCAUGAUGAGUGGGAGAAGGUGUGCCCUCCUGGCCACCAGCACUUGGCUCAGUUUCUGUCUGCACUCUGCUGUCCAGAAUUUGACAUUUCGUUUGCCCUACUGUGGGCCCAACCAGAUCCAGCAUUACUUCUGCGAAGCGCCGCCCCUCCUCAAACUCCCCUGUGCAGACACGUCCGCCAAAGAGAUGGUCAUCUUCGUCAACAUUGUAGUAGUAGCCUCUGGCUGCUUCCUCCUGAUAGCGCUCUCCUACGUGUCCAUUGUCUGCUCCAUCCUGAAGAUUCGCACCGCGGAGUGGAGACACAGAGCCUUCCAGGCCUGUGCCUCCCACUGCAUCGUGGUCUUUUGUUUCUUUGUUCCCUGUGUUUUCAUUUACCUGAGGCCAGGCUCCAAGGAUGCUGUGGAUGGGGUUGUGGCAGUUUUCUACACGGUGCUGACACCCCUUGUGAAUCCUGUUGUGUACACCCUGAGGAAGAAGGAAGUGAAGAAAGCUCUGCUCAAGCUGAAAAGUGGGUCAGUAUUCACCCAGAGCAAAUAA